AUGUGUCAGCUUCUCUAUGCUCUUUCUGAUGCUGAAGUAAGGCAUCUCAGCGACGAACCUCAGCAGUACAAUAACUACGAGGGUUUCGUUUUUCCGGAUUGUCCUGGCCCCUAUGAGGAGUAUCCUGUCUUAAAGGGGAAGGUCUAUACUGGUACGACGCCUCCGGGACCGGACCGCAUCAUCUUCCAGACGUUCAUCGGCGAAGUUUGCGGCAAGUGCUGCGUGACGCACACUAACGCGCCGACCCCUAAUGGAUUCCUACAGUGCACGUGA